GAUUGUGGAAGUCCGAUUUUCACGGGAAAUCUUGGGAUUUAUCGCGAACGUUUCACGAGUGCAGAUUGUGAAGAAUCCAAGUGUUUCAGGGAUUGAGAAUAUUAAUAUAGACCAGCGAAGAGUAAUGGGUGCUUAUAAUCAAGGUUCGAAUGGGUUUUCGCAGCCCUUGGAUAGUUCUAGGAAGAGGAGGCGAAGUAAAAACGAUGCAGGCAGUGUUGAGGAGACUCUGUCGAGGUGGAAAGAGAUUAACAGGCUUAAGGAGGCUGGGAUCUACGGUGAUAAGAUACGCAAGGUACAGUCCAAGGGGUCGAAGAAGGGUUGUAUGAAAGGUAAAGGAGGGCCGGAGAAUCAGCGGUGUAAUUACAGAGGUGUUAGGCAGAGGACGUGGGGGAAGUGGGUUGCAGAGAUUCGAGAGCCCAACAGAGGGAGUAGGCUUUGGUUAGGUACUUUCCCCACGGCUGUUGAUGCUGCGCUUGCUUAUGAUGAGGCUGCUAAAGCCAUGUAUGGUGCCAAUGCCCGCCUUAACCAGCCUAAUGUGAACAAUCGCAAUAGUUAUGUGUCUUCUUGGAAUGAAUCGUCACAUGAAACUUCGUCAGUUACCACUCCAUCAGGGUGUUCUACGGUGGCGAAACAAGGAUGCUGCGAGUCUACUACGAUGUCUAAUCAGUCUGAUCACUCCGAGGUCUGUGCAGAGGAGGAAUCCGUUAAAGUGAAAACCGAGGAUGGUGAGGGUGAAUUGACUAGUCGUGCUUGGUCUAAUGCGUAUACUGAACCCAGUGCCUCUAAUGCCACACAGGAUGUAGAUGUGAAAAGCGAGGUUCCUAUGGAUCACGCUCAUACAGAUCAACCUGGUGUCCAAGAGCAAGCACUUGACUGGAUUGGUUUUGAUGUCAAUUAUUUGAAUCAGUUUUCACUGGAAGAGCUUCUCUUUGUGGAUGACUUAGUCGGCCCUACGGAUGAUAAACCCAUUCCUACCCUGAAAUUGCAGCAAGAUACAAGCUCUGAUGUUGGUCGUUCUCAGUUUGCGGACACGGCCCCUGUUGAGAGUGCCACGCCGUCGAAUUCAUCAUACCAGGUGCAGUAUCCAGAUGGCACGACUUCCGGGAGUGUUCAGCAUAUGGACCAGGAGCCUUCUGUUGCUGACUAUGGCUUUGAUUUGUUAAAUCUUCAGUUGCAGGAUGGUAAUGUUGGGGUAGACAACCACAGAUACUUCAACAUGGAUGAUUUUGAUUUUCAUUUCCCUGGAGGAGCUGACAACUGAAGUUGAUGAGGGAAUGUCAAAAGCUAGAGUUUGUGCAGCCUGCUCCAUUGGCUUGGUUCCAUAUCUUGUGUUGAUAAUGGAUUCCAGUAGAGUUGUGGUUACAUACUUAGUAGGGUGAAAUGUUUUUUGCUCCUGGGGGUUGAUCGUGUCAAUGAGCUAGUUCUCUGGACUUUUAGACGAGAGAAUGUAGCAUCGAGGAUUUUUAUGUUUCUCCUCCAUGAACCAGUUGCUCUGACUAUGAUAUAUAAGACAGCCCAUGAACUGAUUCUUUGUUGUAGAUGGGAUGAAGUGAGACAAAUUGUGUAUAACAGUCGUACUUGAUAUAAAAAUAUGCAUAAUUCAUGAAAAUAUGUUAAUAAAAAGGAAAAGCAAAAGCAUUGUUCUUUCUUUGCA